AUGUUCAAGGCAGUACUUAAAAAGAACAGAGAUGGGGGCAAGGCCAGCAGGAAAGAUUCAGGAGAUUCUCAUAGUCACAAUGCCCAAAGAAGAUUCCCACCUGAAGGAAACUCUCUGACCCCGAGCCUGGGCAGCGUCCACCCUAGCGUUCCAGAUGAUGUUUUCAGACUAAGCCUCGCCAAGGGAGCGUCUAUGUCUCUGCCCUCCUCACCUCUUCUACCACGACAGUCCUACAUGUUGCCUUUAAGGCCGAGCAAACGAUCUCCAGGUCCAGUCAGGAAGCCCAAGUACGUGGAGAGUCCUCGCGUACCCUCCGAUGCCAUCGUGUCAGCUCUAAGGAAGGUGGGCGAUAACAAGGAGUCAACCCGCAAUGAGCGACAAGUGGAGAAACAGCCAAGCUCCUCCUCCUCCCCCGCCACCCAGGAACUGAUGACAAGGCUGGGCUUCUUACUGGGAGAAAGCAUCCCGGGAUCGGCGCGCAUACCUAUGGACGACAAGAAUGAAAAAAAGUGUUCUGUGACAAACCAGGGUAUCAGCCCCUGCUCCACACUGACCAGUAGCACAGCGUCGCCCUGCACAGACAGCCCAUGUUCCACACUCAACAGCACCACGAGCCGACCCCCUCUCAGCCGCGCCAGCCCUUGUGGGACCAUCACCAGCCCGAGCUCAACGCUCGAGAGUAAAGAUAGUGGAAUCAUAGCCACCAUCACCAGUUCCUCUGAGAAUGACGACCGCAGCGGCUCCAGCCUAGAGUGGAGCAAGGAUGGCAGCCUGAGAGGCAACAGUCGCCAUGGCCUGGCGCAGACCAUGCGGGCUGACACCUGCUCUCCUGUGGCAGAGGAAGACUCCAUCGUCGCCUCCGCCACGUCGGCCGACAACACGGCCAGGACAGACCAGCAGCUGCAGCAACACGGCAAUGUGUCGCUGACGGCGGCUGUCGGACCCCCGCAGCCGUCAUGCCACAUGUCUGAGGGACCAAAUCAGUACUCACAACAGACAUCCUCUCUUCUAAUGAUGCCCAGGCCCAACUCUGUGGCAGCAACCAGCUCAACAAAGCUGGAAGACCUGAGCUAUCUCGAUGAACAGCGUAACACACCGCUACGGACAUCCAUUCGCCUCCCCUGGCACAAUACGGGGGGAAGGCCACCUCAGGACUCUAAAGGUCGUUUCUCUCCCUACAAACCGGUGGACAUCAUGCUCAAGCCGCUGUUGUUCGAGGUGCCCAGCAUCACCAUGGAUUCUGUGUUCGUGGGCCGAGAUUGGCUCUUCCAGAAGCUGGAAGACGUCUUGAAGGACAGCGAGUCCGCGGAGAGCCACGGCGCCGUUAUAGUAGGCAGCGUGGGUUAUGGGAAGACGGCCAUUAUCUCUCGGCUGGUCGCGCUGAGCUGCCAUGGCGGACGCAUGCGACAGAUUGCAUCCAACAGUCCUAGUGCCUCUCCUAAAAGUGGUGCGGGGCCAAGUUCAGAACUUCCUCUCAGCCAGCCCCCACAGCCCACACCCCCCUCGAGUGCUACGAAUACAUUGAGGACAAAUAGCUGUCCGGGAACCCCUGAAAUGCAGCGCCGCAGGGAGGAGGCUGUCAAACGGCUGGCUGCAAAGGUGGUGGCCUAUCAUUACUGCCAAGCAGAUAACACAUACACCUGCUUGGUGCCAGAAUUUGUGCACAGCAUCGCCGCCCUGUUGUGCCGAGCACACCAGCUUCAUUCAUACCGGGAACUCUUGCUGAAAGAGCCCCACCUCCAGAGCAUGCUCAGUCUGCGCUCCUGUGUCCAGGACCCCAUGGCUGCUUUCCGGAGGGGCGUCCUUGAGCCUCUGGCCAACCUUCGUAAAGAGCGGAAGAUUCCAGAGGAGAAUCUCAUCAUUUUGAUCGACGGACUAAAUGAAGCUGAAUUCCACAAGCCUGACUAUGGAGACACAAUUGCCUCCUUUAUUACAAAGAUUAUAACCAAGUUCCCUCCGUGGCUGAAACUGGUGGUCACUGUUCGUGUCAGCUUGCUGGAGAUCACCGGCCUUUUGCCCUUCUCCAAGAUAUCUCUGGACGACUUUUCGGACAAUAAAGAGAUAAGCAAUGACCUCAACGCUUACAUCCAGUACCGCAUCAACGGCAGCAAAGACAUCAUGAACAACAUUAGCCUCAAUGGGAAAGCGGACCCGGUCACGGUGGGGAAGCUUAGUGGUCACCUCAUCUCCCGCAGUCAGGGCUCCUACCUUUAUCUCAAACUCACCCUGGAUUUAUUUGAGAGAGGCCACCUGGUGAUCAAGAGCUCCAGUUACAAAGUGGUGCCCGUCUCGCUAGCUGAGCUCUACCAGCUGCAGUGCAACAUGAAGUUCAUGACCAACUCGGCCUUUGAGCGCUCGCUACCUAUCCUCAACGUCACGCUGGCUUCGCUGCAUCCCAUGACGGACGAGCAGCUGUUCCACGCCAUCAACGCCGGCAACGUCCAAGGGGAGCUGCCCUGGGAGGACUUCCAGCAACGCAUGGAUCUGCUGUCAGGCUUUCUCAUCAGACGCCGCGACAAGACACGCAUGUUUUGCCACCCCUCCUUCAGAGAGUGGCUUGUGUGGAGGGCCGACGGGGAGAGCACCGACUUCCUCUGUGACCCGAGGACCGGUCACGCUCUCAUUGCAUUCAUGCUGUCCCGUCAAGAAGGGAAACUGAAUCGGCAACAGACCAUGGAAUUGGGGCACCACAUUCUUAAGGCUCACAUCUUUAAGGGCCUCAGUAAGAAAACGGGUGUGUCAUCCAGUGUGCUGCAAGCUUUGUGGAUCAGCUGUAGUGCCGAUGGCCUCUCCGCAGCUUUAGCCUCUUUGAGAAACCUUUACACUCCGAAUGUGAAGGUGAGCCGUCUGCUCAUGCUGGGCGGAGCCAACGUCAAUUACCGCACCGAAGUGCUGAACAACGCGCCAGUCAUCUGCGUCCAGUGCCACCUCGGCCAUCUGGAAAUUGCCUCCUUGCUGCUGGAGUUCGGCGCCAGCGUGGAGGUGGUGUCAGAAAACGGGAUGAACCCCCUGUGCUACUCAGCGGCUGCUGGACACCUGAGUCUAGUCAUGAUGCUCUGCAAGCGGGGGGCCAAGGUCGACCAUGUAGAUAAAAGCGGCCAGUGCGCUCUUGUGCACGCUGCUCUCCGAGGACAUCCAGAUAUCAUCCAGUACCUGCUGGAGAUGGAAUGGAGCGCCGAGGGGCAACAGCAGGAUUGCGCUUUGAAGAGCCGAGCCCUGCAGCAGGCUUUGAUAGGAGCGGCGAGCAUGGGACAUACACAGGUUGUGAGCGGCUUGCUGGCAGUGAAUAAUGAGUACGUGGUGCAAAUUGAUAGCCACGACACUCUGUGGGGAGAGACAGCGUUGACGGCAGCCGCCGGCCGAGGCAAGAUGGAGGUGUGCAACUUUCUGCUGGAGCGAGGAGUAACGGUGCAGCAGGUCAACCGGCGGGGAGUGUCUCCACUAUUCUGUGCCGUCAGACAGGGACACUGGCAGAUUGCAGAGUUGCUGUUGCAGCACGGCGCGGACAUUAACGUCAGCGACAAACAGGGCAGAACAUUACUGAUGGUGGCGGCCUGUGAGGGUCACCUGAGCACCGUUGACUUUCUGCUCUCCAAAGGUGCCUCUCUGACUUCCAUGGACAAGGAGGGCUUGACAGGCCUCAGUUGGGCGUGUCUAAAAGGACAUAAGACCGUCGUACAGCUUUUGGUGGACAAAGGCGCUGUGAUCGACCACACCGAUAAAAAUGGACGCACUCCUUUGGACCUGGCCGCCUUCUUUGGAGACGCAGAGAUCGUCCAGUAUUUGGUGGAAAGAGGGGCGGUGGUGGAGCAUGUGGACUACAGUGGCAUGAGACCUCUGGACCGCGCCAUCGGCUGUCGGAACACGUCGGUGGUGGUCACCCUGCUGAAAAAAGGGGCCAAGCUUGGCCACAGAACGUCUCCUUACGAUCGAUCAGGCAACGCCGCUUGGGCCAUGGCUACCUCCAAGCCUGAUAUCCUCAUCAUCCUGCUUCAGAAGCUGAUGGAGGAGGGCAACCUGCUUUACAAGAAAGGCAAGAUGAAGGAAGCUGCUCAGCGGUACCAGUACGCUUUGAGGAAGUUUCCCAGGGAGGGAUUCGGAGACGACCUGAAGGCCUUCAAAGACCUCCGGGUCUCUCUCUACCUCAACCUAUCCCGCUGUCGCAGAAAAACCAACGACUUCGGGAUGGCUGAGGAGUUUGCUACUAAAGCACUGGAGCUCAAACCAAAAUCAUAUGAAGCCUAUUACGCCCGCGCGCGGGCAAAAAGGAGCAGCAGACAAUUCGCCGCCGCCCUGGCCGACCUGCACGACGCCGCCAAGUUGUGCCCGAACAACCGCGAGAUCCGUCGCCUUUUGGCCCGUGUGGAGGACGAGUGCAAGCAGAUGCAGCGAGCGCAGACCAACAACAAAGGUGGCCUGGAAGGAGCGGUGGCCGCCCUCCCGCAGGCGGCGGGGGGCCACGACUCAGAUCGUGAGGGCGACGAUGCCCGCGAUUUGUCGGAGCGCAGCCAAAGACACGCCAUGGAGGAAGAAGACGAAGAUGAAAUAGACGAUCGGACGGCAUGCAGGUCGCUGGGAAACAACGCCGCUCAUACCCAGGGAAGGCUUCCUCCUCAGCGCUACUCUCGCGAUCCCCCACAAGGUCUACUUCUACAGCCCACCAAACAGGCUCAAAUUGUCAAGACCAACAAAUCCCACUAUGCCCCCUCCAGCCCCUUACCUAGCCGGCACAUGUCCGGCGUGCUGAAGCCCGGCCCGGGGAUCGACAUCAGCCCGCUGCCCGCCGACGAACCGCUCUACGGGAACCGUGUGACUCUGACGGCCUUGACCCACGGCGGCGAGACGGCCUCUUAUUCGGCGAAAGCCGCGCCCGCACACUUGGACGCCGAAUCCGGCGGGAACAUGCGCGUGUCCAGCUCCACCAGUAGUUUGGCAUCCAGCGGCAGCCUGUCGGACGGCGGCAAGACGGGCCCGGACGUCAAGUCCAAACCGAGGCCCUUCAUGGGCGUCACCGACAAGACAGCACGCUUUCUGCAGCAGAACCCCCAGCCCGCUGCCCGCUCUCGGCUCAACCGCUCCGUGGACGACGACGACGAAGAUGACUUCGGGAAAACGCCGAGCGGCGCUUACCGCGACCAGCGACGCCCGUUACACAACGGGGGCGCGCACGCAAACCAGUACUCUGACAAGUUCGUCUGUUACAAGGACGCCAAGUCCCUGGCCAACCCGAGCCAAGCCCUGCACAUCACGUCCAUCAAGCCAAAGCGAUCCUUUAUCGAGUCCAACGUGUAG